AGAAUGGCAAUUUAAUUAUAGUCAAUCAAACUCUAUAUAAGGCACAUGUCUUUACUCAAGAAAAUGACUCCAAGUUGACUCAUAAAUUUAUGAUAAAAUUGGAAUCAGAUCCUGAUACUACUAUUGUUUUCAUAACAACUAAAGGAAAACUACUUAUAACUAAUUGGUAUAUAGGAACAAUUACAAAAUGGGAUAUUAAAACUUUAACAUUUGAAGCACACUUUUUAUGUAAUCCUUAUUAUAAUGUUCAACAUGUAAAAUUAAGUAAUGAUAAAAUAUUAUUAUUUGUAUAUAAAGUAAAAUACAACAAAAGUGGGGAAAUUUCUUCAUGCAUAGAUGUUUAUUUGACUCAAAAUGGAAUAAAGUUUUUAACAUAUCAAGAAAAUGUUAGCUUUGUGUUAAGAGAUCUAUUUACCGAUUCAGAUUUAGAAGCUAUAAAUGCCAACAAUCUUAUUGAUUAUAAGAACAACAAUCUUAUUGAUUCUAAGAAUUUAAUUAAACAAGAAAACUAUUAUCACCGAGCAUACAUUAUAAAAUCUGAUAAAAUUAUAAUGAAAAGCCGAAUAAAUCAAAAUUUGGUAAUUAAGAAAUUAGUACAAGAUAAAAGAAAUUGGAUUGACUAUUUAAAAAAUACAUUGAAAGAUUCCAACAAAAUCUUUUCAGUUAGAAGUAAACUUAUAAAGAUGCUUGAGCAAUCAGAUGUAGAAAUAAUAAAUAAUACAAAUAAAACAUAUGAGUAUGGAAAAUAUCUUGUCAAGUGGACUUUAAAUUUGAAGUAUGAAGAAGAGUAUAAAAGAAAAAGAAUUAUUUUUAUAGCAGAAUCUCUUAUGACAGAAUCUUUUAAAGCAGAAAAAAAAAUGCUCUAA